CUCCCCGUGCUUCUCGCUGGCGCUGGUGGCCUUCAGUAGUGAGUCGUAGCGAGGAAGAGUGAGUUAGGGACCGUAAAGAAGGCGGACAAACUUACUGACACCUCGCCAUUACUUAGAGAAUGCCGUAGUGUUUGUCUGUGAGAGAAGUGUAAAUAUAUGCUCUGACAAGGCGUGUGUUUGGAUUCCCGUGUUUACAUGGGAACUGGGAAACAAAUACUGCGCUAGUCCGCUGAUUUAGAGACUCGAAUAACAGAAAAAUAACACAUACAUCACGGAAAAUAUAUACGCAUAUACAUACAUAUAUUUAUACACGAGCGAGGAACAGCGCCCGUUGUGUUGAAUAAUAGUAUUGAAAACUGAAAUAUGCGUGAUAUAAGGUGCAAAGCAUAACUCUACAUAAAAAAAACAAAUAAAUGAAAAAGCGAGUGACAGAACAAACACUAUAGAAAAGAAUGAAUGAAAGAAACACGUGCCUGCAGUAACCACAGGAGGAAAAAGACCCAACGCACACUGCCUGCAGCUUGUCGGGAAGAGGCGACAGUAAGAAACCGUGCCGUGAGGUAAGACGAGAAGGAAAGAAAGACAAGCCGCUAAAACAACAACGAACACACUUCAGACUGUGAACUGUGGCAGAGAGAGUGACGGUAAAGGUGACGGUGACUCAAUCCAGGGAGAUCGAGAACUGCCUGAUGGAGUGACAGAGUGAGAGAAAGAGGAAAACAGUGAGGGAGCGAAAAAGCAAGUGAGUGAGAGACUGAAAAGGGAAAAUUAAAGUGUUAUUGUGAGUAACGCCCAGUGCGCGCGCACACACACACACGCACACACACACACACACACACACACACACACACACACACACACACACACACACACACACACACAAAACCAUGCACCCCAGACCUGCCUGACAUCGCCUGGCCGCGCCAGUCUCGCGGGGCUGGAGCCCUGCCACCAUCAGGCCCCCAACACCCUGCCAGCCCCGCCCCCCGCCCCUUGCCCCCCGCCGCGGCACUCCCCGCUGAUGUGGCGGUGAGGGAGAGUGCGGGGGCGGAGGUGCUGGUGUGGGCGGGCGAGGGUGUGGGCACUGCUGGCCUGUGUCAUCCUCCUGCCCCGCCCAGCUACGCCCGCGCUGACCACGCCCGUCCCCGCCCAACAAGAUGACUGGGGCACUCUGGUGGCGGUGGUGGCGCAACGGGGGUCUACAGCACGCCUGCCCUGCCACAUUACCUCCCACUCCGGGCGGGGACGUGCUGCUGGUGCUGUGGUACAAGAAUGCCUCCGUCACUCCGGUUUACAGUUACGACUCCCGAGAGCCGCUUGGCCAGGCGGGCGAGGCCGGUAGGCGUGCCCGACAAUGGGGUGACGAGACGGCGUGGGGUGAGGAGCAGAGGGCGUGGUUCGACACCUCCAGCGACCCCGCCCACCUGCUGGUGAGGAAUACGACGGGGCGAGACGAGGGCAACUACCGGUGCAAGGUUCACUUCAAAGGGUCCCCGUCCUGGUCACAGAGGAUCACGCUCAGUGUGGAAGACCCGCCGAGCUUCCCCAAACUUCAGGAUGAGUCAGGGCAGCGGUUGGAGGGUCCCAUUGGCCCCUAUGAGGACGGCACCGUGGUCAGGAUGUUGUGUCGCUCGUCGGGAGAUCCCCCUCCCAGGCUGGUGUGGGGCGGCAGCGGAGCAGGGCGGAGUAGUGACCUGCCCCCUGAAGGUUCUACCGUGAUCUCAAAACUCAACGUGGAGGCGUCUCGCUCCACCGCCGACACCAAUAUCACCUGUUCCUCCAUCAACACCACCUCAGACACCGUCAUCUAUACCGUCGCCACCACACUCAGAGUAAACCUGCCACCCCUCAAGGUGACGCUGGAGGCUCCCGGGGCGUGGGUGAGCGCCGGCCAGCAGACUACCUUCAGGUGCCGCGUGGAAGGGUCGUCGCCCGAGCCAGUGGUGCAGUGGUGGUUGGGAGGGCGGCAGCUCGCACCCAGCACCCCGCCUCGGAUGGUGGAGGGCAAGUUGAGCGUGAGCACGGUGAGGCUGACCCCCGAGCCGGGCGACCACGGGGCUCUGCUGGUGUGCAAGGCGUUCAGCCCCAACCUGGCGGGCACCGUCCUGCACGAUCAGCGCACCCUCGCCGUCCAUUUCCUGCCGGUGGCCGUCAGCAAAGUGGAGGAUGGCGGUACGCAGGCCAACGUGCGGGAGGGCGGCGUGGUGACCUUCUCCUGCACCGUCACCGCCAACCCCAAGGUGUACAGCGUCUCCUGGUACCACAAUGGGCGGCGGGUGCAGGAACACACUAGGGCAGCGAUGGUGACCAACUCCAGCUUGACGCUACGCAACGUGACGGCCAGGAUGCGAGGACUGUACACCUGCGUUGGCAGCAACGGGGAAGGAGACGGUCAGAGCAACGCACUCAACCUCAACGUAGAGUUUGUGCCCGUGUGUCGGCCUGGGAGACGUCGUGAUUUCGUGGUGGGCCCUGAAGGCUCCGUGAACCUGGAGUGCGGCGUGGAGGCUCACCCAACUGCCCUCACCUACACCUGGGCCAUCGUGAGUCAGGCAGAUGAAUCCACAGUGCAGUCGCUCCCCAGCUCAGGCCGCAUGGAAGGCCUCACAGGGCACUACAGACUUACCGGGGUUGGGAGGCGGCUCAGUGUGCUCUGCUGGGCCACGAAUACUGUGGGUACCCAAACCAAACCUUGCAGGCUCACCGUCCACACCCAGGGACGCCCCCAACCUGUCAAGAGCUGCAGGGUUGGUAAUAACACUGCAGCGGGGUUUGCAGUACUGUGCCAGCCUUCGAUCCCCUCAAGCGACGACAUCCGAUACACGCUGCUUGUUUAUGCUCAGAACAAUCCUCGUGGGAGUGACGACGAGCAGGGCAACGUCGGGGAGAGAAAUGAGGUCAUGUGGCCUUCAGAAGGGGAGGUGGAGGACCCUGAGCACCCAACCGGCGACCUCCUCCUCAACCUCACCUCAACCUCGCCGGAAUUCGAGGUGGGCGGGUUGCAGGCAGGCCACGAGUUUACGGUGCUGGUGUCCGCGACCAACGCCGAGGGGACCAGCCGAGCCGCGGAGCUCAGUGCCUUCACGUUGCGGGACAACAAGGCCCAGACUGUCAUAGGAGUUUCAUCGGGAGGAGGACGCGGCAGCAGCACCAAUGGCGGCGGCAGUAUUACUAGCAUUAGUGAUAAAGGUGGAGGAAAAAAUGGCGUAGCGAAGGAUGGUGAGGGUGAAGGUGAUGAACGUGUUAUGGGCGGCGGGUGGGCGUUGGUGCCACCCAUGAUGGCAGUGCUCGCUGCCUCCCUCGUCGCCAUCCUGCUUCUGUCAGUGGUGGUGAUCCUUCUCACCAGGCGCAGGGCGAGGCGGGCACACGGGGGCGUUCCAACACUUGGCCAGGCGAAACUGAGAAGUGAGGUGGUGACGGUGGCUGUCCCUCGGCAAGACCUUCCUUCUUCCUCUCGCCCUUCCUUCUCUUCUCCUGGCACGAAGCAUACUGACUCAGACAGAGGCGAGGAGGCGGACAGUAGCGGCAAGCCAGUAAGCCAAGCAGGAGGCUUGGUGGUGAGUGUGGCGUCGCCUCUUGACCGAGGCUCCAGCGACGGAGCGUCUCUCAGCCCAGCCAUGCCGGCCUCGCCACAGCCCUCCAUCCUGUCCGCCCCGUGUUGCGAGGCGACAAGCAGCACGUGCUCCACCCUACCGCUGCUGGGCGUGAGACAGCUGGGGCACGGCCUGUCUAGACACGCUCUCCUCCGUCAUGAGAUCCCGGUAGUGAGCGCGCUGGGUCUGGAUGGCGUGGGCGGCAUUCCUCGCACCAGCUUGGGCGUCGCGAGCUUCUCCACCUUCACCCUGGCUCCAGGCAGGGGAGUGGACGUCCCUACAAGCCUGGGCAUGGGCUAUCCGAGCAUGGGUAGCCUGGUGGGCGUGGGUGUGAACGCGAGUAUGGAUGUAAAGACCCUGGGUGGCGGUGCAGGCAUGGGCGGAGGCACCUUGCCAAGGAUGGGUGCUCAUAACUUUCCUCCCGCCCACUAUGUUGCCCACACUCAGGCUUUUCCCCUUCACCACUUCCGCCCCAUGCAGGAUUUUAGGAGACAAGGACCCGUCACUGCCAUUACCACACCCACCAUUGCUGCCACCAUCGUCACCACCGCCGCCCCUGCCGUCUCCCUGCCCUCCAGUGAGACAGUGAGUGAGUUGUGAGGACACUGCUGUGACUGUGGCUAGACUGAGGCAACUUUACACCCACCACUAGUAACCACAGCAGCAGUCACCACCACCACUAUGAACAGCAUACACAUUAGCUAUCACCAAUAUCACUAACGAAGAACAAUAACAGCAACAAAAUAACAACUCUCACCUGCAGCACCAUAAAUAUCAACACAAACAUCACCAAACAAUAUGAUGCAUAAAAUCAUUUACAUCGAUGAAACAAUUAACACAAAUUAGCGAAAUUACUGACAUUUCCGAGUGUUUUUUUUUUUUUUUUUGUAUCCUUACAACUUCUAAUGUGGCUGCUUUCACUAACAUCAAAACUUCCAGGCACACCCACUCGCUCACCUAUCUUCACACACACACACACACACACACACACACACACACACACACACACACACACACACACACACACACACACACA